AUGAAGUCGCUGUUCGAUCAGACGAAGAAACUGUACACACCAGAAGCUUUCCUGUCAGCCGACGAGCUCAAGCUUGAGACUCCAGAUCAGCGCUCGACCAUUCGAAAGGUCAACCUGGCUACCUUUGUUUCUUCGGUCUUUGGAUCACAGGAGGUUGGAUUCUUCCACCUGAACGAACACUUUCUAGAUACUUUCGUACCGGACGGAGGAAGGCUUCUCAAAUCCCAAGGCUCGCUAUAUCUCGACCUGAAGACCCAGGCAUACAUCUCGGCAAUGUCCACCAAUGAGAGGAGCAAGGAGGAGAUCCUCGAAGAUCUAUUUCCCGCCAAUAUGGGGGAGAUUUUGUUGUCCCGCAGAGGAGGCGGCAAGCAGUUGACACCGAGCGAACAAGACUUCGUCAGUCGUCUGGCCUGCAGGCGCACCCAUUUGAUGCAGAUCCCGGACGAUGUGAACUUGACCGACAAGUACGCCUGGCAAGAGUUUUUGAAGGACGUUAGUGGAUACGUGAGCAAGAAUCACGAGACGAUUGUCGCCCUGACGAAAACUCGGAAGAGGAUGUCCCAUGGAGGACCUCGUCCUGAUGUGAUGGGGACACCCAUCCAUCAUCAACACGCGCAGGCCAUGCCGCCGAUGUCACAGGACCACCAGCAGAGCCCGACCCCGCAGAGUGCCGAGGAUGGAGCAACUGGUGGCGAAGUGUUGGAGAACGAACUAUUCGGACCCAACACUUCGUACAAUAUGGGAGCGCCGCCGAUUGCGCAGCCCCCCGUGCCCCAACAGUCCCAGCCGACGCAAGUUCUAUACGAACGCGCCCGUCUCGCCGCCACCUCCAAGGCGUCUCCCAAUGCUCGCCGCUCAGGACUGCCAUCUCAACGGCGUCCGUGGACUACCGAGGAAGAGAACGCCCUUAUGGCCGGUCUUGACCGCGUCAAGGGGCCGCACUGGUCUCAAAUCCUCGCGAUGUUCGGACCGGGUGGGACCGUCUCAGAGGCCCUCAAGGACCGUAACCAGGUCCAGUUGAAGGACAAGGCGCGGAACCUCAAGCUGUUCUUUCUUAAGUCCGGCAUUGAGGUUCCGUACUACCUGCAGUUCGUCACGGGGGAGUUGAAGACCCGCGCCCCUGGUCAGGCAGCCAAGAACGCGGCCAAGAAGGCAGUUGAAGCGAGCGCAGAGGAAGACGCUGCUCACGUCGCCGCGGUUACCGUUCUUGGUAACGCCCACCGGGGGGACGACAUGUCGGGAUACCACCACAUGUCGUCUGACGAACACGAGGGGGGUAGUAGCGAGCAGGGGGAGGGGAGCGAGCAGGGGGGGGAGGAUGGAGACGAGGAGACGAGCAUGCAUGGUGGUGAGGGGGCCAUGCUGCUCGGCCACACUCUCGCCCACACCAACGGUGUGGCCGAUAACAACUUUGGGGGGGGAGUUAUUAUCGAGCAGGCCUCGCAAGAGGACCUGGCGAGAGCUGCUGGUUCCGAGUCUCCGUCCCCGCACCAGCACCAGCACCAGCACCAGUUCGCCCCGCAGGCGUCGAUGGCUCCGGUCGCGCCGAUGGCACAGCGUGGCGAGUCCCAGCAGUUGGAGGAUACCCUUGUGGAUCCUUUGGCUGUUGGCGACGUCGACCAGCAGCUGCUGCUCGUGGGUGUCGGGCUGGGGCAGGAGGCGGGAGGGAUUCACCCUUAG